AUGGACCGAUCAGGAAUGCCACAUCCGGAACCUGAGAAUGACUUGUCUCGUAUUGAUGGGAAUCUCGCUAUGGCUAGAGCUUUAACUCGUAUGACAGCAUUUUUUCAACAAAAUUUUCCUCCACAAAUGGAGCAACAGAACUGUUGUCCGUAUGAACGUUUUUUAGCUCAUAGAACCCCUGCUUUUUCUGGACAAGAGGAUCCACUUAGUGCUGGGAGGUGGAUUAGUGAUCUCGAAAAGACGUUUGAGAUCUGUGGGUGUACUGAAACUCAGAAAGUGUUAUACGCAAGUUACCUGCUGCAAGAUGACGCGACUGCUUGGUGGGGGACCAAGCGGGAGCUUCUGGAAAUGGAGUUAGGAUCAAUUGCUGCGGUAUUUUGGCCGCGUUUUAAAAAGGAAUUCAAUGAUCGGUUCUUCCUGAACAUUAUGAGGAAACAGAAGACCCGAGAGUUUAACAAUUUAGUGCAAGGGGAGAUGACGGUCGAGCAGUAUGCCCGGAAGUUUAUAGAACUUGGGAAGUUUGUUACACAUUUGAUUGCUACAGAAGAGAUGCAGAUCGAGCGAUUUCAGGAGGGUCUAUGGCUAGAGAUCCGUAGACAGGUUGCUUGUUUGCAAAUUCUGACCUUUCAGCAAUUAGUGGAGGUUGCCACGAUUGCAGAGUGGGAGUUUAUUGAUCCUAUUGCUGCUCCAAUCGGUCAAAAGAGAAGAGUUUUCAAGGAAGGAAGUAGUUCGGGGUCUGCACCUAAGUUUAUUACUAGGACUGGAGCCCGACCGCAGAUGGCCACUGGAGUACGAAUGGGGGGACGAGUGCCAAUAAGUGGCAAAUGCAAUAGGUCUCAUGUAGGCGAGUGCCAUUUGUCUGGGAUACAGUGUUUCAGAUGCUGGCAAACGGGACAUCUUGCUCGUUAUUGCCCUACCAUGAUGCAGGCGAAUCGAGGCGGUUACCGUGGUGGGAGGACUACCCCAAAACCAACUGUUCAAGCUAGAGUCUACGUAGUGACACUGACUUCAUCAAUAGUUUUAAUUUCUUUAGGUAGAGUUCGACUAUAUGAUUUUUAUGCUUGCACUUUGUUUGACUCGGGAGCAUCUCAGUCGUUCAUAUCUGUUAAUAUUGCAUUGAUGUGCAACCUAGUCUUUAAACCUUUAUCGCAGUCUUUGGUAGUGAAGUUACCAAAUGGGGAGACUGUGUGGUGUUCAAAAGUUACCCUAGGUUGUCCUUUGGUUAUUAAUGGAAUGACUCUUAAGGCAGAUUUGAUAAAGUUUAAAUUACUUGAGUUUGACAUUAUUCUAGGAAUGGAUUGGUUAUAUCAGUAUUUUGCCUGCAUUAAUUGUCGUAGUCGGAUAGUUAGUUUCCAACUACCUGGGAGAAAGUAUUUAGAGUUUGCAGGAAGUAAGAUAAAGGCAAAACCUGCAAUUAUAUCUGCCAUUCAAGCAAGCAGGGACUUAGCUAAUGGGGCAGAUGCGUACUUGGUUCAUGUGGUGACUGCACUUUCGGAGAAGAAAUCUUUAGCAGAUAUUCCAAUUGUGAAGGAGUUUUCUGAUGAGUUUGUGGAUGAUUUGCCUGGCUUGCCACCUGUUCGUGAUUUGGAGUUCGCCAUUGAUCUAGAAUCCGGUGCGGCACCUGUUCAUAAGGCCCCGUACCGAAUGGUGCUAGCAGAAUUAAAAGAGCUGAAAAGUCAAUUGUAG